AUGCGGCCGCGUCUUCUUCCGUUACUUCUGCUAGCUACCACGUUAUCGGACGCCGGGGAAACGAGGAUCGAACUGCCACCCGUUCUAAUCGAGUGCGGGCUAAACGACAUCGCGGUCAUAUUGGUGCCGGCGGUUGGGGGAAGCGAUGUGCGUUACGAACUCACCAGGCCCGACGGGGAGGUCGUUAAACUCGACCACAUCGACCACACUCGCCGCGAGGGGUCGAGUGACGUCACGAACUUAAAGAACCAAUCCGUGUCCGUGGGCCGUGAGGGAAAUGCAAGCAGUGACGUCAUCGCGCCAACUUUUUACCCGACCUUUGAUUCGCGCCCUGACAUAGGGCGGAACGUAACACGCGGUGACGUCAUCGAUGCUGAUUAUCAUCAGCUAACCCUCAAAUUCGAAGUGUUCAACGUGAACCGAAAAGGGGGGAACGCGACGGACAUUUUCGCAGGGUAUCAGAUGCGGAUGAAGCGGAACGAUUUCAUGGUGGGACCCCUAGGCGAUGGGGACCUCGGAAACUGGGUGCUUAGCGUCUUUUGCACGGACUCGAAAGGCGCCCCCGUAGAACUGUUCCAAGUGAUGAGCUUCGUGAUAGUCGAGCCGGUGCCGGCGCGGGCGUCGAACCUCGAACUGAAAGAAGGGGCCACUUUCGAGCCGAGCUUCGCGUAUCCCAUCAGAGGUCUGGAGAGCUGCGAGCUCCGAGGUCCGCGGGCAUCCGACCGGCCCUACGGUCGCGACAGGGCGUUGGAUUACUGUGGAUACGCCGUGCCCAACGUGACGGAAGACGACCAAGGGGUCUGGACGAUAGUCGGCGUCGGCGCCAUAGUGUACGAGGCCACGGUCCGUCUGAAGGUCCACAAUAAAAGCUUA